CCCCCUUCUUCGCUUAACCCACCUAGGAAUGCGCUAUUGCGCUUAAAACCUGGGUAAUAGAAGAGGAGCGAGGGCCACAUCCUAGCUCCUUACCCAUGGUCGUCGCUCCGGUGGUUGGCGGCGGAGGGAGGAUUGACGUUGCCGGUGUGGAACAAAAAGAUAUGCAUUUUCGAGGAGUGAGGAAGCGGCCGUGGGGGAGGUAUGCGGCAGAGAUACGUGAUCCCGGGAAGAAGAGUCGGGUUUGGCUGGGAACCUUCGACACAGCAGAGGAGGCCGCGCGGGCGUACGACGCCGCAGCCCGCCGGUUCCGCGGAUCGAAGGCCAAGACUAACUUUCCGUGCCCUGACGCCUACCUGAACCUGAGCGCCGUCGUCGUUGGCUCGGCUGCCACCAGCGGCGGCAGCCCCAGCAGCACAGUAGAAUCGAACAGCCGCGAGGCUCCGGCCGCGACGGAGGCGGCUGUGCCACCGAUGGCGAUCCCGCUCCAGCCAUCUCUCGACCUCAAUCAUCUCCAACGCGUCCGCUACGCCGGGCGGUUCCCCUUUUCCUCUUAUCCAGUCGCUCAGGCCAUGCCAACGCUUCGCCCGUGCUCCCUCAUCGAUUCUAUAGUCAGAUCAGAGAAAUCCAUUGAUGCGAUGAAUCUUCACCAUAUUGCCACCUGCCCUCCCCUGUUCGUCGCCGGUAUACAGAAAAGAAUGCCCUGCGCCGUCCAAAGCGACUCUGAUUCCUCCUCGGUCAUCGAUCUCCGGUCCAACCCCGUUCCUUCCCAACCGCAGAAGAACCCCCACAAUUUCGACCUCAACCUCCUUCCUCAACGGGAGCUCGACUGAUGUCACUGCCAAUCGAUCGUCCCGUUCGAUGCCUUAGCUGGAACAAUUAUGUAACGCAACUUGCUACGUUCAAGGAGCUGCCUACUUCUCCGGUGUUUUCUUACAUCUUGUACGAGUCUCUUUCGUAACCUCUCCUUUCGCGAUCAGAAGCGCGAGAGCAGUAAACAGGAGAGGAUUUUUGUAUAUCUGAACCUUUUUUUCUCUUCUUUUUCUCCUUUACCGCUAGAUCGAGAAAGAAGAAGAGUUUUAUCUAAUUUCAGGACUCCAGCUUCCGUCGUCGGCGACAUCUUUUCCUUUA